AUGUUGCUCACCACCCUCCUCUCCCUCACCGGCCUAUUCACGACAACCGCCGCCCAAACCACCAACCCCCCAAUCCGCUACAUGCCCUUCGGCGACUCCAUAACCGAAAUAAUCUGCUGGCGCUCCAAGCUCUGGCAACGCCUGCAAACCACGCCCUUCAACUCCUCCACCGUAAACUUUGUCGGCAGCGGCAAGACCGAAAACAACUGCGCGGACACGACCUACGACCGCGACAACGAAGGCCACUCUGGUUUCCUCGCUAUCGAUAUUGCGAACAAAGGGCAGUUGGAUGGAUGGCUGAAAAGUAAUCCUGCGGAUGUGAUUACGAUGCAUCUUGGCACGAAUGAUAUUGUGCAGCAGAAUAAGGCGGUGGGGGAUAUUGUUAAGGCGUUUGGGACGUUGGUGGGGAGUAUGAGGGGGGCGAAUCCGAGGAUGAAGAUUGUGGUGAACGCCGUCUCAUCGCGUAGCAUACUUCUGGGCUUCGCGCUCGAGCCUGAAGUCUUUUCGCGAGUAACAUUGGGUGGUCUCGUUGUAUACCAAUCGCUUAUUCACUCACCUUCGCAGGUCGCGCAAAUCAUCCCCAUGGGCUUCGGUAGCUACAAUACCAAGAUCCAAGACCUGAAUCGCGCAAUCGUUCCUUGGGCUCAGGGUCUCAAUACGACGGAAAGCCCCAUCUGGGUUGUGGACCAGUAUACCGGGUUCAGUGGGACGGCGGAUUUGAGGGAUGGAAUACAUCCGAAUGAUAGUGGGGAUGUCAAGAUGGCGAAUGUAUGGUUCCCGGUGGUUGUCAAGGCUUUUGAAGCGGUGAGGGCGGAUAGGGGCACAGCAGUUGGUAUGGUUGAGACCGCCAUGGGAGAAUCAAGACAAGAACUCGUCGCCUGGUUGAACAACCUCCUCCAGCUCAACAUCACCAAAGUCGAACAAUGCGGUACCGGAGCAGCGCUGUGCCAAGUCUUCGACAGCAUAUUCUACGAUGUGCCCAUGUCGCGAGUCAAGUUCAAUGCGAACACUGAGUACGCAUACCUGCAGAAUUUCAAGGUAUUACAGAACACGUUCGCCAAGCACCAUGUCGACAAGCCCAUCCGCGUCGAGUCGCUCGUAAAGUGCAAGAUGCAGGACAACCUCGAGUUCCUCCAAUUCGUCAAGCAGUACUGGGACCAGCAUUUCCCCGGCCACGAGUACGACCCCGUCGCCCGUCGCAAGGGUCAGGGCGGUGUUGCGACCGGAGCCACGCCUGCACCCCGCGCCGCAGCAUCGACUGCCCGAAGAGCACCAGCUGCUAGCAACACGGCUGCGCCUAGGACACGCACACCGCUUGCCUCUGGGGGAGGAGCCGCCAGCGCCGCUCUGCGCGAGGAGAACAGUGCUCUCAAGGAGACUGUCACGGGCCUCGAGCGCGAGAGGGACUUUUACUUCAGCAAGCUGCGCGACAUUGAAUUGCUGAUCCAGCAAGCAAUGGAGGCCGACCCCGAGCUCGAGAAGGAUGAGGGGCUGCUCAAGCAGAUCCAAAACAUUCUCUACUCUACCGAAGAGGGUUUCGAGAUCCCACCAGAGGCUGAGGGCGAGGGUGCGGAGGAGGAGACGUUCUAG